GCGCUCCUCAAUUCGUCCGAAUAAGGUGGCUUACAAGGCGCUAUUAAACAGAGUUCUGUCUAUUCUUGUAGUGCUAGUGAUCAAUCUCUCUUCCUCGCUGACAUCUUCAUGACUAUAAGUGACAGCUCCGGUCCUGCUCUAUCUACUCGACUCCAUGUGCAUCUAUCCUUCAUCACAUUUGCAAUCUCUUACUACUCGAAACAUUUUACCUUCGUUACACACUCAAGACUAGGUCCCUACGUUGCCAGAAGUUCACGAUGCACUUCCCAGGUCUCGCCUUGAUCCUUUCCCUCGCCACUUUAGUCAUCGCCAACCCGGUGGACUUCGAAGUCAGAGAUGACUGGGCCAAGGUGGUCUCCUUCAGCGACGAUCUUUGCAACUCAGACCAAAGCACCUUUGAGGUGACUGGCAGCGGUGCGUAUCGGUGCAUACCCGUCACCAACAAGCGAUCCAUCAAAGUCCUUCAAAAGAGGGACUGUACGAUCAAGACGUUCAGCGGGUCAAACUGUGGUGGCAGCCACUUUACGCUUCCCGAUGGCGACCUUAACUGCCACUCCGUCUUGCAUGCGUCUGUAGAGAUCUCGUGUUAA